AUGGAAGUCUGGCAGGACUUUGGGCAGAAAAUUGACCUGGCCGUCCGCAUCAGAGACAUUCUACAUGAUUAUCCAGAGGGCACAAGCGUCUUGAAGGAGCUCAUACAGAAUGCUGACGAUGCUGGCGCAACCACCAUAAGGUUCUGCCUUGACGAGCGGCAGCACAAGACAGAUCGCCUUGCCGCACAGUCACUGGCUUCCUUCCAGGGGCCGGCCUUGCUUGCGUACAAUGAUGCAGUCUUCUCAGAGGCAGACUUCCAGUCCAUUUCCAGCAUUGGACAGAGCGUGAAGCGUGAGCAGAAGGGCAAGACAGGCCGUUUUGGUGUGGGUUUCAAUGCAAGCUACCACCUCAGCGAUGUUGUCUCCUUCAUAUCAGGGAGUCAGCUCGUCAUCUUUGAUCCGCACUGCACCUACCUGCCGAACAUCACGCCCCAGAACCCAGGCAAGCGCAUAGACUUUGUGCAGUCGAGUGCGGCCGCAGCGCACCCGGACCAGUUUGCCCCCUACCAGGCCUUUGGGUGUGAUGCCAAGAGCUACUUCAGGGGCACUAUAUUCCGAUUCCCUCUGCGGACUGCUGAGCAAGCCACAACUAGCCGCAUCUCGAAGCAGGUCUACAAAGUGGAGGGGGUGAGGGAUAUCCUGGAAGAUCUCCAGAGGGAGGCUGUCAGCGCGCUGCUGUUUCUGAAGAACUUGCAGCGGCUGGAGGUGUAUGAGUGGGGGAGGUUGUCAGCGCAGCCGAGCUUCUUUGAGCUGUCCAGCAACAGGCGAGACAUAUGGCAUGGCAAGGGCAUGGCUGGUGUGGGCCAGCUCAGAUGCGACUGGAACAUCAGUCUGUUGAAGGCAAGCCCAAAUCCCCAACCCAACGUACCCUCCAUGAAGCACACCGCAGCGACGAUGUUGUCGGCAUGUGCUGAUCAUGAUGUUGCGGCCCCGGCCUAUGCGAACCUCUUGGCAGAGGCAGCCAAGGGUCUGGGCCCCAGCCCUGCCUUCUACAAGCUUUGGCCUGUGCAGCUUGUCAGGGAGCCCUGGGCAGUGCUGGUCACAGCGCUGUAUCAGGAGCUGCCAUCACGCAAAGUGGUGCACACCGCUGCUGGAGGCGGCAAGUGGCUUGCUCCGGACAAUGCGGUCUAUGUGGACGGCGCUGUGCAGAGGGACAGUGCUCUUGUGGAUGCGCUGAUAGCGGUGGGAGUGCCCAUUGCCAGUGGUCCGCCAGAGGUCACGCGCAUGCUGGUGCAGCACACUGUGCAGCGGCCGCAGCUGCUGUGCCCGGCCUCCCUGCGCGUGCACAUCCGCUCUGCCCAGCGUGCCACCCUCGCCGCCUGCAGCGCUGACAAAUCUCGCGCAGCCGUCCUUCUGGCCUACUGCCUCCAGGACUUGGAUGAGACCGACCCUGAGUCGUGCCUGGAGCUUGUUGGGCUACCACUGCUGCCACUGAUGAAUGGUACGAUCAAGGCAAUGGAGCGGGUGGCUCCUGGUCAGGAUGCAGUGUAUAUCUGCAGCGCUGUUGAGAGGAAACUGCUCGGCGCGCAUGCCGCGUGUCUUGUGGACUCCGACGCCUUGAGCAGGGAAACAGCCGACAGGCUGACGGCAGUGGCAUGCACCGGGUGCCUGGACCUGCAGCUGGUGGACAGCUCGGCUCUGGUGGAUGUGUUUCUGCCGCGGCUUCUGCCGCGAUUCUGGCAAGGACAAGCGCUUGUGUCCUGGAAUGCUGGAGCUGACGGCGCCCCCACAGCUGACUGGAUAGCCUUGCUCUGGCAACAGCUGCAGGCGUUUGAUGACCUCUCAGUCUUCUCGCCAUGGCCCCUGCUGCCCACAGCAUCCGGCGAGCUGGCGGCACUCACAACGCUGGACAGAUCUCUGCUGGUGUGGGAACCAGAUGAUACUACAUGGGAACCUCCUGUCACAUCCGCUUUGACAAAGCUGGGCAUCAGGCUUGUGAGCAGCAGGGCUGGUGUUGCGCACCACAAGCUGCACCGCCAUGUGCACCUGGGGACUGGGCGAGGCGUCUUGGCUGCUCUGGAGGUGGUCUUUGCGCAGUCUGGGCCAUAUGCAGGAAGCCACGCUGAGGAGCUGUUCCAGAGAACUGGCAUCUCUCAGGACGAGAGGCACGCUCUUCGGCGGCUCCUGCUGCAGGAGAGGUGGCUGCGGGGGCACCCAGAACACUUCGAUGUGCUGCGUCACCUGCCGAUCUUUGAGACGGCAUCUUCAGCUUCAGAGAGCAGAGAGUCCGGAUCACCGGCCUCCUUCAUUACCCUGCUGGGCCAAGCCUUCAUCGCCCCAGCAGCCAUGCCGAGCUCUGCGCUGCCCACCUCUUUCGUGGCAUUCGCAAAUGAUGCCGAGAGAAACGCCCUGCAGCUGCUUGGCGUGCAGCCUCUCAGCCGCAGCGAGGUCCUCAGGAGGCAUGUGCUGGGCCGUCUGCCUGACCAGUCAGCUGCGGCAAGGCAGGCUAUAAUGCUGUAUGCGCUGUCCCACCUGCCCCUCAUGGUGGCAGAGGACCAUGCAGUCCUGGACCAUCUGCGCGUGACCCCCUUUGUAGACACAGAGUCUGGCAAGCUUCAGCCGCCUGGUAUUCUGAAGCCCGAGCUUGUGGCUCUGCUAGACAGCUCCUCCAGCUUCCCAGCAGGCCCCUUUGCCUCAGAAGAGGCGCUGGCUUCGCUGCAGCGGCUGGGCCUGCGGUCCACUGUCAGCACUGCAACGCUGCUGGACAGUCAGCUGCUGCUGGAGUACCUGGAAAUGGAGGCUGGUCGCCUGCUGGGCCCCUCUCAGGGCCAGCAAUCCGGAGUGGAGAGCCUCCUCAACAGAGUCACUGCAUUCCGACAAGCUCCAAGCGCAUCGCCUUCUCCAGAGGCUGCACGCUUCUGGGCGGAGAUGGGCGGGCUAGCUUGGUGUCCUGUAUUGGCUGAGGCGCCCUUUGAGGGGCUGCCCUGGCCGAAGCAGCAGGAGCUUGUGGCGCCUCCGCGCGCCAUGCGUCCCCUGCAGGACCUCUGGCUCUGCUCCGGCACCAUGUGCAUCCUGGCAGCUGACUGCAGGACAGCUGUGUUGGCGGACGGGCUGGGCUGGUCUGCGCCGGUGAAUGGCUCGGUGGUGGGAACGCAGCUGGCCAGCCUGGGUGCAAUGCACCCGGCCGGCCAGGCCGCUGACGUGGCGCUGCAGCAGCGGCUGGCGCGCGCGGUGCCCCAGAUCUACACCUGCCUCUCCUCGCUCAGCCGCCACGACAUGGAGGUGGUGUCCGCCAUCCUGUCGGACGCGCCCUGCGUCUGGACCGGCAAUGGCUUCGUGCCCGUAGCGCGCGUGGCCUUCAGGGGACCUCUGAAUCUGAGCCCUUGGCUGUACUGCAUCCCCGGUGACCUGCAGCCAUUCAGGCAAGUGCUGGCGGAGCUGGGAGUGGCUGAGUCCUUCACAGCAGACCAGUAUGUGGGCGUCCUCGCAGACAUGGCAGCAGCAUUUGGCAAAGACCCCUUGUCUGCGGCGCAGCAGGAGCAAGCCGUCUCUGUGCUUCAGGCACUGUCAGACAUGCGCGUUAAUGCUGACAAGCUUUACAUCUUGGACAGCCGCAGCGUGCUUGCACCAGCCAGCGACUUGGUCUACAAUGAUGCUCCAUGGGUGCCAGACCAGCAGAUCAGAUUCGUCCAUCCAAAGCUUUCCAAUGAGGUGUCUGAGAAGCUGGGCGUGAAGUCGCUGCGGCGCAUGAUGCUGGCAGACAGCGCAGACACGGUGCCGCUGGGGCUCCACUCGGUGGAGGCCUUUGGCCAGAGCGAGGCGCUGACGACGCGGCUGAAGCACAUCAUCGAUGACUACGCGGACGGCCCCGGAAUCCUCAUGGAGCUGCUGCAGAAUGCUGACGAUGCGGGCGCCUCUGAAGUCUCCUUUUUGCUAGACAACCAGCAGUAUGGCACCAACUCCGUAUUGGCGCCGCGGAUGGCUGCAUGGCAGGGCCCUGCGCUCCUCUGCUUCAACGACGCGGUCUUCACGCCUUCUGACUUCCGUAACAUCAGCCGGAUAGGUCAGGACACGAAGGUCGACAGGCCAGCCACUACAGGGCGCUUUGGUCUGGGCUUCAAUGCUGUCUACCACUGGACAGAUCUGCCAGCCUUUGUGAGUGGGGACUAUCUUGUCAUGUUUGACCCGCACGCCAAAUGGCUGCCUGGCACCAGCCCUGCGCAGCCGGGCCUCAAGAUUGCCUUCCAGCGAGCCAAUCUCCUCAGCCAGUUUCCAGACGCCUUCCAGCCUUUCCUGCACUUCAACUGCUCCCUCAGAGAUACAUAUCCCGGCACCCUUUUCCGAUUUCCCCUGCGGACCGAGGAGCUGGCGAAGCAGAGUGAGAUAAAGGGUCAGGCGUACACGCCCAGCAGCGUGCUGUCUCUCUUUGAGGGCAUGCGCGCUCAAGUGGAGCGGACACUGCUCUUCCUCAAGAGCGUGCGCUCUGCAGCUGUCUACGUGCGCGACGCUGGAGACGAGGCUCCCCGACUGCUCUUCAGGGCCAGCAUGGACACUCAGGACGGGCGCAGCUCUCAGGCUGCCAUCUGCCGCUUCAUCGGGGAAGGCGGCAGGGUGCAGCGGGAAGCCUUUUACCAGAGGCUGGCAAAGGCUGGCCCUGCUGAGCUGCCUGCUGCGCAGACCACUGCCACUGUCACGAUUGAAGACCUCCAUGGUGAAGAGCAGAGGAAGCUGGUACAGACAUGGCUGAUCAGCAAUGCACUGGGCGGCAGCCGCGCCAGACGCAUGGCUGUCCAGAUGCAGAAGGCUGGUAGGGGCCUCGUCCCCUGGGCGGGAGUGGCGGUGCCAGUACAGCUGCCUCCUGCCAAUGCCCUUGAGCCUCUACAAUUACGAAACAAUGAGCAUGAGCAGCUGGUGCAGAACCAGAGUGCUGCCCCUGCGGCCGAGUCUACUCAGCCGCUGGUUGGGCGUGCCUUCUGUUUCCUGCCGCUACCGUGCUCCACAGGGCUUCCGGUGCAUGUGAACGGCUACUUUGAGCUGAGCAGCAACCGGCGUAACAUCUGGUUCUCGGACCUGCCCUCAGAUCUGGCAGGGCAGGGCAAAGUGCGCUCCGACUGGAACCUGGUUCUGCUUGAAGACCUGGCAGCGCCCCUGUAUGCCGGCCUGCUGGCUGAGUCAGCCCAGCGCCUGGGGCCUACACCUGCCUACUUUGCGCUGUGGCCGCCGGCAAACCUCGCUCCGCCCUGGUCCAACCUGGUAACGCAGCUCUACAAGGAGGUGGCUUCCCUGAAGGUGGUGUGGACAGACAGCCGAGGCGGCAGGUGGGUCACACCCACAGACGCCCUCCUCCCAGACGAGGCCUGCACCGCCGACCCCGAGCUUGCCGCGGCCCUUUCCAUGGAGGGGAUGCCCCUGGUGACGGGAUUGGCUCUGGCGCAGCGCCCUGCAGAGGAGCGUGCGGAGGCAGCUGCAGCAGUGCUCUCCUACUGCCUGUCAGGGCUCCCACUCUCUGCUCCCAAGGCGGUGCAGCAGCUGGCAGGGCUGCACAUUGUGCAUACGAUGCAAGGGGGGCUGACGGCGCUGCAGCCGUCUGAGGCAGGCGUGGCGCCCCUUCUGCUUGCCACUGGGGAGCAGCAGGAGCUCCUGCCUUCCAGCCAGGCGGCCCUCGUCCUGCACUGCAAGGCUGAUUCUGUGCUGGGAGGGAAGCUGCUGGCGGUGGCCGGCUACGGUGCAAUGAACAUCAAGGCUCUCUCGGCUGAGAGCCUGGCAGAGACGCUGCUGCCAGAGCUGCUUCCCAGGCACUGGAGGGGCCAGGAGACGGUCACCUGGGACCCUCAGGCGGCCGCUGCCGAUGGGCACUUCACCGCAGACACGCUGUGCAAGCUGUGGUCGCUGCUGGCUACGUUGCCUGACCUGUCGGCUCUGCAGUCCUGGCCGCUUGUCCCAGCGCACAAAUACACCCUCAGCCAGCUGGGCUCUCCCUCCAAGGUGGUUGAGGAGGGCGCCUGGGCGGAGGGAGUGAGCUCAGCGUUGGCCAGGCUGGGCGUGCGCGUGCUGGACGGCAGUAUCCUUCCCCCGGCCGCCAUGGGCUCUGCACGCGCGCUGGUCAACCCUGCCACGGGCUGCGGCGUGCUGUCCGCCAUCAGCAACGCUGCAGGCGGCGACCUCGGCCGCAUCGGCCGCAGGAUGAUUGCCGAAGGUGUCACCACAGAAGAGCGACAGCAGCUGCGUGCUUUCCUCAUUCAGGAGCGGUGGUUCAGUGGCCCCGGCUGUGUGACACCGGCGCAGCAGAGCGUGGUCAAGGCGCUGCCAAUCUUUGAGGCCGCAGCAGGCGCGGCGGCUGGCGAUGCUUCUGCAGAGGAGCCAGCUGCGGCAUUCCUGGAUCUGCUGGAAGGCCGCUACCUGGCGCUAGAUGGCACGGACGAGGCUCUGCUGGGGCCGGGCUUCCUCAAGCAUGUGGCGGCUGGGGAGGCCAGGGUGCUUGUGGAACGGCUUGGGGUGCAGCUGCUGACGCAUCAGCAGCUCAUCACAGACCAUGUGCUGCCAAGGUUGCACAAUAUUGCGCCCGCUGCCAGGGAUACUGCAAUGCUGCACCUGCUCGACAGCAUCCAGGCAGUCCUGUCCAGCAACCCGGCACUUGCGAAGCAGCUGUCUACAACAGCCUUUGUGCCAAUCAAGGCUUCUCUGGCCGCGCCUGUUUCCCUGUACGACCCAAGGAAUGAGGAAAUGGUCGCGCUGCUCGAUGCAGACACCCACUUCCCCUCAGGGCCCUUCAGAAAGGAUGACAAGGUGCUGGAUGCAUUGAAGGCUCUGGGUCUCAGGAGUGAGGUUAGCUCGGAGAUGUUCCUGGAUGCAGCUCGGUCUCUGGACAGCCUCAAAACCACGCCUGAGAAGGAUGUUGACCGAGCAUCCCUCCUCCUUGAGAAGCUGGACGAAGUGGCCACUCAGGAGGAUGUUGAGGAUCAGGUUGGCAAUGACCUGAGUGGCAACGAAGGGGACUUCUGGGAGAAGAUGAAAAUGCUGUGCUGGUGCCCUGUGGUCACUGUGACACCCCACCCGGACAUGCCGUUCGCCAGAGCCAGCGGCCACCUGGCGCCACCUAGGAUCGCCCGCCGGGUGCAUGAGGCUUGGCUGUGCUCGGCCAGCCUCCGCCUGGUGAACGGCAAUCCGGGGGCAGCUCUGGCGUCCAGGCUGGGCUGGGCUGGUCCCCUGCCAGCCACCACGCUUGGCGCACAGCUGCUGGAGCUUGGCAGGCUGCACCCCCAGGUGGAGGAUGACAUGCUGCUGGGUAUCCUGGAGGACAGCGCUGUGCAGAUCUAUGCCGGCCUGCAAGCACGCCUGGACGACGCAGCCGAGUGCGACGCCGUGCGUGUCAUGCUGGAGGACAGUGCUUGCGUCUGGGCCGGGCGUGGCUUUGUUCCGGCUAAUCGCGCUCUGCUGAGCCUGAACCAUGACUGCACCCCCUACCUGCACCAUGUGCCGGAGGCUGUGGCGCCCUACAAACAGCUCCUUGCAUUUCUGGGGGUGGCUGAUGGGCUCAAAGCCGCCCAUGCCACGCGCGCGUUGCAAGACAUGGCGAAGGAGCAGGGUUUAACCAGCCUCAGCCAGAAAGAGUUGUCUGUUGUGGUCCACCUGGCACGAAGCCUAGCAGAGAUGAAGGCGGGAGGUGCCUCCAUACAUGAGCAGGUGUGGCUGCCAGACAGCGAGGGCGUGAUGGCGUUGGCGCGCCACAUCUUCUUUGACGAUGCGCCGUGGCUGGCGGGCGGCGGGCAGCGCCUGGUGCAUCGGGACAUCCCCAACGACGUGGCAGAGGCCUUGGGCUGCCAGAGCCUGCGCUACCAUCACCAAGUGAACACCCGCAUGACGGCGGAUCUGCCGUGCGCGCCAGCCUCCAUGAUAGCGCCGUUGCUGACAGCGGCGGCCGAGGACAUGGCGCAUGCGCUGCUGGACAUUGCUGAGCUGGCGGAUGCCGUGGGAGCGGAGACCAUGGAGGUCACACUAGACUACAGGCAGCAUGGCGUCGAGUCGCUCCUGCUGCCUGGCCUGGCAGACUUCCAAGGACCAGCCAUCUGCAUCACCUUGCCAGGAGUGGUGCUCAGCAGAGAAGAGCUGUGCCAGCUGCAGUGCCCCGGCACGCCGUACCGUGUGCGCGGCAGGAACUGUCGGUGUGGUACCGGCCUCCUGAGCUCCUACAACCUGACAGACCUUCCCAUGGCCAUCUCAGGUGACAGCCUGUACAUUUGGGACCCGCAUGGGCAUCACCUGUCAGCUUCAGGCAAGAAGGGCACCGGCGCCAGCGCAGCAAAGCAGUACCAGCACGUGGGCGGAGAGUCGGAUCUGGUGGCGCGCUUCGCUGACCAAUUCUCAGCAUGGGACUUUGGCGGCCCGAGCGUUGACAUUAGCUCCAAAUUAGACUGCACCCUCAUCAGGCUGCCUCUGCGCAGCGCCACUCAGGCGCCAGGCAGCAGUGUGUGCCAGGACGUCUGGGAUGUGGAACAGGCUGCGGCCCUGAUACGUCAGUUCUCUGCACAUUGUGGGCGCAUGAUGCUCUUCAUGGAGUCACUCCGCUGCAUCCGCACCCAGCACACCCUGCAGGACUCUGCCGCUGUUCCCCUCUCCCAGGUGUCCCUGGUGCCGCAUGAGCCUGGCAGGCGCGUGGUGUUCGAUGACAAGGACUGGCGCCACAAGUCCCUGGGCCAGCUAGUCCGCGGGCACCGCUUCCCAGGCAUACGCAAGACUCUCAGCUUCACCAUUGUCACGACCUCUGGAGACAAGAAGGACGUGGUGCCAGAGCUGUGGCUGGUGUGCGCCAAUGCCGGCAUGGGCGCGGCGAGGGAUCUGGCUGUGGACAGGCGCUAUGCAGCGCUGCAGCUGGACCCCACAGCCGCCGUCGCAGUCCGCUAUGACAACAUCAAGGACCCCAAGGUCCUCCCUGCAGGAGGUCUGUUUGCUCCGGUGCCGCUGCACCUCGGCAGCCCAGCCAACACGGCAGGGGCACUCGCGGAUCACCUCCCCUUCCUGGUGUACGGCGCCUUUGCAAUCAGCCGCAGCGGCGGCAGACACAUCGCCGGCGCUGACAGCGUGCAUCGACCACCCAUGCCCCCACAGGCCCUCCAGCAGACACAGGAAUUGCUGGCUGCGUUCAAUCAAGAUCUCAUCGCCACAGGCGUGGUCACUGCCUGGUCAGAUGCUUUUGGGGUGCUACUUAACCGCUACGCAAUUCCGGGCAGCUCGCGACUGCGACCCUGCUCUGCCAUCUACGACAUGGUGCCUAGCGGGAGCCAUGGCACACACGACGAGAAAGAGGCCCUGGUGAUGAAGAGAGCUGCAAGGACUACGAGAUACAUUGCGGCUCAGGUGUGUGAAGACAUUGCGAGGAAGCCGCUGUGGCAGCUGCGCGAUGGCCGCAUGGUGGGCCUGAGCCAAGGCUGCUUUAUACAGCCAAACGCGGAUGUCAGCGAACUGGGUGCGGCAGCCCUGGACUUUAUCCAGCGCAAGCUGCCACUCUUCAAUGUCCCCUGGCAUGUCAAGACGGUUCUGGAGGCGGCAGGCAUGAAGGAUUGCAGCACUGUCACUCCCAAGGCUGUCAGACCCCUUCUGAAGCAGAUGAUGAAGAGUGGAGACGGGGUGUCAGGCCUCAACCCCACUGAAGCUGCUGAGCUGCUGCAUUUCUGCUUUCAAGACAUCUGCAGCCUGAUGAAGGAGCUGCAGUUGAUGCCACCACUCCCAGACCCUCCAGGACAGCAGCCAUCAGCGACACAACAGGAGAGAAAUGCUGCAGAGACGCCGCAGCCACCAGGGCCGCCCCAGAAUUUGCUGGACGAAAUACUGGGAACCGCAGCAAACAAUCAUCAUGUGCAGGCGACAAUGUCGUACUUCAGGGAUGUGCUUGGCAUGGAGGCCGGAGCUGCAGCCAGGGCAGCUGCUCCAGUGCAUCAGCGAGAUCUGCCUGCGCAGCGAGCACCUGAAGAGGCCCCAAAUGCAGAGGGGCCAGCAUCAGCUUCUGUAUCAUCAGAAGCUGAGGCGGCGAUGCAGAAGCAGCGCCAGCUGUCAGGGCUGCUGCAGGAAUGUGUGGGCCUGCCCACGCCCACUGCAAGCAGCAGAAUUGUGGCUCUUGGAACACGCAGGCUGUACAUGCUGCCGCAGCAGUGUCCACUCAGCCUCAUAGAUGUGUUGCCCAAAGAUAUCGGACUGUGCGAUUCCCUGCUGCAUCCACUGGUGGUGGAGCCUCUUGGGGAGUGCCUUCACAGGGCAGACGUUGCAGAUGUGGUGAUGGUGCAGCCGUUCACACUGCGGGCAGCUGCUUUGGCGCUGCAGCAGAUGCUGCCCCAUUUGUGGGCCACAGGCAACUCUGUGUGCGUAGCUUGGCAGGACGGCACGCAGGGUGGACCCACGCCAGAGAAGUUGCUGCAGCUGUGGCAGCUGCUGAUGGCCCUGCGCGACCCACUCCCCUCAGGUGACGUGGCACUGCUGGACCGCUGGCCGCUCAUCCCCAACCGAUGCGCCCGCGGCACAAUGGUCCGCGUGGCGCACCGCGCUCUCAUCUUCUGCCCGCCCGAUGUGACCCACGGUGCAGGCACAUCAAUAGCAAGCGCCCAAGUCCCGACACAAGUGCACAACAGCAGCGCAGCUGGAGAGGCGGACCUGUCUGACCAGUGGGCAGAGAUAGAGAGUGCAUCCUCCUUGGAUGGCUUGGAGGAUCAGGAUCUUGAGAUAAACAGACUUCCUCGGCUGGACCUUCAAAAUCUCAGGCAUCGGCUCGACCAAGAGAUGCAGCCUCUCUUGACAGAGGAAGAGCCGGCUAGCGGCACAGCAGAGGGCGACAGCAGGCAGCAGGCAGACCAUAUUGAAGGAAGGCAGGGCAGCUCAGCUAUGGGCCAGGCCAUGCCAGCCAGACCAAAUGCAGAUCUCUUAGCAGAGACCGAGGUGGAGGAGCCGGCUGGGCCGUGGGAGUGGCUGCUGCCUAUCUUGGAGCGGCUGGCGCUGCCGGUUCUGGACACCCGAUUCGGCAUGCUGGCCCCAGUCUGUGCUCUGGAUGGGCAGCUGUCCGAGCAGGACACCAUCCUGCGCAAGCUGCAGCUCUGCAGCGAGGCUGGCCUCUUCCAGGUGGAUCAGCUGGGACAGAUGGACUGCGAGCACCUGUUCGGCUACUUUGCACAGCAUGUACCACUCACUGAGGAGCCCUCCCAGCUGGACUUCUUGCGCUGCAUUCCCAUCUUUCCGGCGCUGCUUCCCGGCCGCCGUGUGGCUCUCAAUUCAGGCCAGCAGGCUGUUGCCACCUGCCCUCCAGCAGUGAUCACUGCGGCGGGCAUGCUCCUGGAUUUGAGGCCGCAGUAUGAGCCCCUGUACCGCGCCCUUGGAGUUCCCACAAUGUCAAAACCCCUGCUGAUGGCCAAAUACGUUCUGCCCCACUUCAGUCAGCUGGCGCCCCCUGCCCAGGACCACGCCUUGGAGAAGAUUCUGCAGCAGUGGCCGGUGUUGCGGAACAAUGUGGCUCUGUUCGACGCGCUGACCAACACACCAUUUGUGUUGACAGCCACUGGGGAGAGGCGGCAUGCGAGGGACCUGUACAACCCAGCAGUGGCAUUGCUGGCCAGAACCUUCCGCGAUCGGCCUGUCUUCCCCACCGCUCAGUUUGCCACUCCUGGAUGGACUGAGGUGCUCAAGCAGAUCGGUCUGCGGUGCGAGGUGGACAGUGUAACCUUCCUGGCGUGCGCUCGAGAGCUGGAGAGCUGGGGCCUCUCAAUGGCUAAAAUGGAUGAGGAGCAAGUGGGCGAGAGCAUGGCUGUGGCCCGUGAGCUUGUGCAGGAGUUCAGGAGCAACACUGCCCUGCACUCCAGCGAGCUCUUCACCGCUCUGCGGGACAUCGCCUUUGUCCCUGCAACCAAGGGGUUGCCUGGCAGCCACGAGGCGAGAGCAGUGCUGGUGAAGCACUCACAUGCGGCCCUGCACAAGGACUGGCCCCUGGCAUGGGCGGCUGCGCCUAUCCUGGAGGAGGGCAGCGUGCCCCCUGCGACCGCCUGGACUGCGCUGGGGCUGCGGUCUCCGCCGCUGUUCUCCACUAUGCUGCAGCACCUGAGGGCCCUGUCGAGUGAUGCCGGCCAGGGUGCACUCAGCAGCUGGCCUGCGCGCGGGCCCACGGGGUUGAAUCCUGCGCAAGCGAAGGAGCUGUCGCAUCUGGCGCUGAUCCCUGUCGCGAAUGGAACCCGCUUGGUGCCGCCGUCCAGCCUGUACGUGCGGCUGAGGGAUGACCUGUCACCCUUUGCUUUUGAGUUGCCUACCGCUCUGGUCGGCCGAUCCACUACCCUGCAGGAGCUCGGCAUGAAGGCUGCACCCAGCGCAGCCGACCUCAUCUCCUUCUUAAAGGGACUGCGGCGGACCCUUGGGAGUGCACCGCUGAACAUCAACGAGGUGCGCGCGGUGCUGCGGCUGCUGCGCUACAUCUGUAAGCACAAGGACCCGGAGCUGCUGCGGCUGCUGCGGCAGGCGCAGGCGGCCGACGGAGUGCUGGUGCCUGCGGCUGACAGCCGCCUCGUGCCUGCCAGCGCAUGCGCGCACACCCUCACCUGCCCUCCCCAUCUGCUCAGCAGGGCUGCGGAGUGUGUGGUGUGCGCGCAUCCCCAGCUGCCACUGGACAUCUGCCAGCUGCUGGGCAUUACCGCACUGGAGGACAUUGCAUAUGAAAGCCUGAAUGAGGCAGAGCCCCUCCAGUAUCAGAACAUCAUCCAGGGGCAGCACCGGAGGGACGUGCAGCAGCUGCUGAAGAGCCACGAGAUGGCGCGUGCUGUGCAUCAGGUCGUAUCACCAUAUGCAAAAGCGGUGCCGGCUCUCGCGCUGAGCGUCAAGGACGUGUAUGAGUUCACGUCGACCGCGAGCGGCGCAGUGUUUAUCGCUGAUCCACCGCCGGGCAUCCAGCUGGCCACGCUGCUGUCCCGGGCGCUCAGCCGCGCGCUGCGGAGCCCCCUUGCGCUGCCUUUGGAGCCGCUGCUGUCCUGCGCCGCCGCCGACCUUCCGGCCGUGCGCGAGGCACUCCUGCCGGCUGCCGCAACUACGAGCGGAGGCUUGGAGCUGGCCAGACUGGGCGCGGCUGGCAAGCUGGGCACCACCUUGCUGCCCAGCGACCAGGCGCUUGUGCAGCUGAAGCCGCUGCGCCCAUUCGCUGCCGGGGAGUUGUGUGCCUACCUGGCUGGGGCGUCGCCUGCUGCAUUGGCGGCCAGGGCUGCCCAGCAGCGUGCAAACGGCCUCACAGGGGUCUCGGGUGGAGGGCAGGUGCUGUGCUACGGGCGAGUGGCACGCGACGCGCGGCCGGAGGAGGGCGCGGCCGUGUUCAGGGUGUCGGUGGAGGUGUCAGCCAGCCACUUUGCCUACCUGCUCUCCUCAGAAGUCUACUCCUUCCGUGGCGGCAGCGCCGGGCCGGGGCCGGCCGGCGCCGCGCAGGACGCCGGCCAGCCGCCGCAUGACGCCCCGGCAACGCCGGGCGCCGAUGACCCGAUCAGCAAUGGCGCAACCAAACUGCCGCAGGCCAGUGAAGCAGUCUCUGAGCAACUGGCGGUGGAGCCGAGGGAGGUGGUGUCGGCGAUCCGGGACAUGCUGUCGGCUGCAGAUCUGCCGCUGGGUCUGGAGCGCGAGCGGCUGCUGGAGCACUCCCUCAGCCUGCAGGCCCAGCUCAAGGCCACCCAGGCCGGCCUGUCCCACCAGCGCCAGGCGGCAGACAGCGCUCGGACGGAGGGGGAGGCUGCCCGAGAGGCGUGGAGGUGCCGCAUCUGCCUCAGCGCUGACGUGGACGCUGUGCUGACGACGUGCGGCCACGCUCUGUGCUGGGACUGCGGAUCAGCCUGCCGCCAGCGCUGCCCCUUCUGCCGCACACACUCACCCGUCAUCCGCCUCUACAAGAUUGGCAGCCACAGCAUUGCAUCUCGGGCGCUGAUCAUCAAUCUGGGGCCCACCUGGCCGACAGCCGAGGCUGGGCGAGCCUUCGCCGACAGCAUAUCAGAGAUGAAGGUGGAUGCUUGGGAGCAGCCUCCAGGGCUGGGCAUCUGUCCCCUGGACACCCUCUUCAACGCCUGCACCACCAUACACCGCUGGCUCUCCCUGCAGGAUGACAAUGUGGCGGUGUUGCACGUCAGGGGCUUCUCUGGCGCCGGUCUGACAUUCCUGGCCCUGCUCGCGGCGUGUUUCCUGCUGUUCAAUGUGGAGUGCCGCUCCCUAACGGUUGCCCUGGCCAUGAUGCCUGACCUCAGGCUGCAGCGAGUCUUCCACCAGACAACCCCGGCAUCCAUACCACCCACAAGAAGGCGAGCAGUCAUGCACCUUUUUGGGGGAGCUCAGCUGCGCUACGGGCACUACUUCCAACAGAUUGUCACGCCCGGUGCACUGCCGAUGUUGCGCAAAAAGCGGCUCAUUCUGUUCAAGGUGACGUUGCGCGGGUGGCAGAGGGACGAGCACGCAACAGAGCACGGCAGCAGUGGCAACGAGGCCAAAAGGCCAGCGAAGCCCUGGUCUGAGUGGGAAGGGCCUGGUGGACAGCACAUCCAGCAUGGCAGCCAGAGUGUGAAGCUGCGACGGGCGUUCUUGGUCAUCUACCAGAGGGGCCGACAGAUCUGGGCAGAUGAGGCUGCGCCAAAUGGAGAAGAGGCGCUUUUUGACGUGGGCAUGGUCCUGAACGGCGAUAUCACAAUUGCUCUGUGGAGAGGAGAUCAGAUGGGGCCUUGGGACAGGCCCAGCUGGGCUUAUGCUUUCCACACUGCCUUCAUGCAACCAGGAAAGCUGCCAGUCACUGCUGAUGACCUGGACUUUCCAGGAUCAGAGUCAGCGGUCGAUGGUCUCGCAAUGGACCUCAUGUUGGAAGAGGACACCCAGUCACAGGAAGCUUUGUCAAGGGGCCCCAAGGGUGGCACGCUGGACGUGGCGGAGCUGCGCGCGGACUGGAUGGCGCUGGUGGCGGGCGUGCAGGCGGCGCGGUCGCGCAGCAACGCGAUGCAGAGCGCCCGGGUGCUCGAGGAGAUGCUGCCCUUCGUCCGCAAAGGCCCCUCGCCAACCGCCGCGCCGAGUGGGGAAGGGGAACAGGCAAAUAGACAGCCUGCAAAGGACCCCCCAAAGCGUCCGCCGCCACCUCCGCCGCCCAAGAAGAGCGUCAAGGCAGGGAAGCUGCCAGCAAUGCCGCCACCUGGCGCAGUCAGCGAGUCAGGGCCCCAGGCCGGUCCCAGCAAAGAUGAAACUCCCAGCAGUGACAAGGGUGCCAAUGCCAGCGCAGCGCCGCCCAAAGUGAAGCUGCUGUUCUGGACGAAGGCGCCUCUCCAGGGAGGGACAAUCUGGUCAGACCUAGCCAGGAGCCUGGACAAGGGAGCAGCGGAGGUGCUGAAGGUGAUAGGGCUGGGGCGCGCAAACAACGUGGCCAUCAUGCUGACGCAGUUCACCGACUUCAAGGGCGGCGCUGCCGACAUUCGAGCUGCCCUGCUGUCCGGCGCCCAGCUGAGCAUAGAGCGCCUCAGCCUCCUGUGCCAGAUGGCGCCGACUGAGGAGGAGGCAAAGAGCUUGGCGACCUGGCUGAGCAAGCCGGGCCACAGCGCAGCGCAGCUGACGGGGCCGGAGCGGUUCCUGGCAGUGAUGGCUGCGGUGCCCCGCAUGCGCGCCAAGUGCGCGGCCCUGCUGUUCCGCGCGCAACUUCCCGGACUGGUGGCUGAUGUGCACGCUGCGCUGGGCUGCCUGCUGGCUGCAUGCAAGCAGGUGAGGGAGAGCCAGCAGCUGCGGCUGGUGCUGGUGGCUGCUCUGCAGGUGGGCAACUGCCUGAACGAGGGGUCCCACCUGAGCGAUGCCAAGGCUGUACGCAUAGAGUCUCUCCUGAAGAUGGCAGACCUGCGGGUGACACGCGCCACUGUGAGGGCCCCGGACCACUGGCAAGGCUCUGCCACAGAGAGAGCGCCCGCAUCUGCCUCGACACCAGCAGCAGAGUGGACCCCUCCCAAGGGGACGCCCCCUGUCAGGACCCUGCUUGAGUUUGUGGCCUGGCUCGUGCACAGCAUGGAGGGCCCAUUGGGGGACGGUGCUGGGCGACAGAAUACUGAAGGCUUGUCUCAUAGCCAGCGCGUGUCACUGCGGCAUGAUCUGGGAUCUGUUGAGGAGGCGGCCAAACGGAUCAAGACUGAGGCACAAUCACAACGAGCCUUACUAUUUGAGGAGGUUGCAAAGGCCGAAGCCGCCAUCGCCGGCUUGGCAGCUUUUCUUGGGGAGCCUCCGAACAGCGACCCCGCAAACUUGUUUGCAGUGGUGUGGACGUUUGUGUUGGCAUUUGACAGGGCAUAUAUUUAUGGCCAAUAUCAGGACAAGCCACCCCUUCCCUUCAUCCCCGGCUCUGAAGUGUCCGGAAUUGUCACCGAAAUUGGCAGCAAAGUGCGCGGCGUGACACCGGGAGAACACGUGUGUGCUGUCACAAGAGGGGGCGCCUUUGCUGAAGAGGUGGUCGUACCGGAGGGCGCUGUACUGAAGCUGCCUCAUGGCGUGGACCUCAUCACAGCCGCAGGGCUUCCUGUGGCAUUUGGCACGUCGCAUGUGGCGCUGAAGGAGCGAGCAAAUGUGCAGCCAGGCCAGACGGUGCUGGUCCUGGGAGCGGCGGGAGGAGUGGGCAUCGCUGCCAUAAGCAAAGCCAUGGGAGCCAGGGUGGUGGCGGUGUGCCGCGGAAGCAGCAAGGCGGAGGCACUGGAGAGGCUGGGGGCCGAUGUAGUCAUUGACACCUCACAGCAGCCGGACACACCUCUGCGAGCCCUCAUAAAGAAAGAAGCACCAAAGGGCGUCGAUGUCGUGUAUGACCCAGUGGGCGGCUCUGCCUUCCAAGAGGCUCUCAAGGUUGCCAAGUGGGGUGCUCAGAUACUCAUCAUCGGCUUUGCUAGUGGCAGCAUCCCGAAGGUCGCAGCAAAUAUAGUGCUUGUCAAGAAUUUGACCCUGCAUGGCGUGUUUUGGGGAAGCUACAUGCAGCACAAGCCCAUUGUCCUUCAGAAGUCCCUGCAAGAGCUUGUCAGCUGGUGGGCAGCAGGGAAGAUCAGCAUCUCAGUGUCCCACAGGUUUCCUUUGGAGGAGUACAGGGAAGCUUUCAGAACGCUCAUGCACAGGCAGGCAGUUGGCAAGGUGCUGCUUCUGCCGGGUUCAAGCACGAGUCGGCUUUGAGAAAUUGUACAUCAGAAAAUUGUACACCUAUUUGUACAGGAGCAAUAUAAUCAGGAGAAGCCGUUGACAUUAGGACAUGGCUUUUUUGUGUUCUGGAGGUAUUAGGAAUUACAUAAGGACUUACAGGGCAUGUAUGUAAGUCUAGGGCCAUAAUCUUGUGCUACCUGGCAUGAUGAAAACGAUGGCGAAGUAAUAUCAUGUGCAUAUGUGAUGUGGGCAGAUGCCAAUGCAAUGAGGCCAUGUCUUGCAAGGGCUGCAGCAGUCAUGCAUUGCAAAUCUCAUCAGAGAGCACUGUGCAAGCAAUGAAAAUCACAAGAUCUUCUUGUUGAGCACACUGGGCAAUUGGAUCCAUGAUGUACUGUGUCUCUGCCUCGUCAUACUUUUCGGGUCAGUUUUCAUCAAAUUGUCAAAAACACCUCAUGCAUGCCGGCCGGGGGGGGCACUCCUGUACAGAUGGUCAUCACCCGAGACGGACAUACACCCUGCACGCAUACUUUGCCGCUGUUCCCCAGCCCGCCUCGGUGUGCGGCGGGAACUCUGAUGACUUGCCUUCCUUGUCCAAAAACACCACAUGCAGCCGGUCGCCUCGCGAGCAGGGCAGCCCAUCCUGGCCAUAUGCGGCUGAGAGGGACGUUGCCAGGGAUGUGCGUGAUGAGAGGGCCUCAGGCGGCAGCGUCAGCCCCCACCUCACUCCAGCAUAGAAGCACUUGAUCCUGCUGGGCUGCGGGUCGGCAUCUGUGUGCUGUGCGCGCUGCCGGCCGUCGGCCGCGGCUGUGGACGCGACGGCGUUAAAGCGCUCCUCGGAUCGGCCGUCCUGGCCGCUGUCCUCGUGCUGCGCCCCACGCUCGUCCUGGUGCGCCGAUCCGCGCGGCUCCGCCUGCAGCGUGGACACCUGCUCCUCCAUCUCGCAGCUGCCCUCAUUGCCCUGCCUCUCGCCCUCCCCUUGCUUCCGUGGGCGCUUUAGGCUGGGUUGUUGCUUCUGCCCGUCGCUGCUCGGCUGCUGGUCCCCCAGGCUGCCACUUCCAUGCUCUCGCUCACGCCUUCCCCCAGAAGAAUUGGGUCUGCUUGCUGUGCCAGAAGGCCUGGGCCUAUCCUUCUCGUCGCUUCUCGGCUGACCUGGAGGUCCUGGUGCGGUUCUCCUUGGGCGAGUGAGCCCAUUUACUUCCCGAUGGAUCUGCCUUAUGAGAGCUUCGGUCGCUGGGUCAGGCUCUGCCAUUUCCUGAGCAAAAGCGCCAGGAGCUGAUCGCACAAUCAGACUUUCACGUUUCCCAUAGACACUCCACUCUGGGUGCGAGAGCAGGUUUGCAAAAGCAACAUUUCCAAGGCGGAUUCAACGCAUUGUGCUCCCUGAUUUUGCUGCUGCCAGAGCGCAUAAGGUACUUCUUGAAGGCGUCGGGCGUCUCAUCUUUGAACGCUUUGUCAGCGAGGAGCUGCUCGGACUCAGUUACCCGUCAAUCAAGCAAGGGAUGUAUAGCCUGUG